AUGUCCCGCCACCAAGCGCUGCUCGCCUGGGCCCUCUUGGUCCUCCUGGCACUCGGAGCAGCUCAGAAGACAGAAGCCCCAUCCUGCUGCAGCCCCAUUGUGCCGCGCAACGAGUGGGGGGCCGCAGCGUCGGAGUGUGCCCAGCGCCUGAACCUGCCGGUGCGCUACGUGGUGGUGUCGCACACAGCGGGUAGUACCUGCAACGCCCCGGACUCGUGUCAGCAGCAGGCCCAGAAUGUACAGCACUACCACGCCCGGACGCUGGGCUGGUGCGACGUGGGCUACAACUUCCUGAUUGGAGAAGACGGGCUUGUGUAUGAGGGCCGGGGUUGGAACAUCAAGGGCGACCAUACGGGUCCCACCUGGAACCCCAUAUCCAUUGGCAUCACCUUCAUGGGCAACUACAUGGAGCGGUUGCCCCGAGCCCGGGCCCUCCGGGCAGCCCAAAGUCUGCUGGCCUGCGGGGUGGCUCAGGGAGCCCUGAGCCCCAAAUAUGAGGUCAAAGGACACCGUGAUGUGCAGCAAACGCUCUCUCCAGGAGACCAGCUCUAUGAAGCCAUCCGGAAUUGGCCUCACUACCGUGAGUGAGGGCCUACUGUUCACACAGUGUUCCUCUCCACCCAUGGCCAGAAAUCCCACUGCCUCCUCCUCC